AUGUCUGAUUCUGAAGCAUCAAGUGAACGUAGCGAACCUGAACCUUUAAAAAAAAGGCAAAGACGUUCUAAAACUUAUAAGAGGAACGUUAUUAAAAUGUCAAAAGUUAAAGGACUCCAACAUAUAAACUGGUCUGGAAAUAUUAUACCAGCUCGUGUUACUGGACCGGACUGCAUGUGUAAGAUGUCAUGCUUUGAACGACUAACUCGAGAAGACCUAGACUUUUGUAUUGACAAAAUAAAUGGAUUUUUAAAUAAAAAUGAACAAGACAUCUAUCUACAACAGCUGAUUGAAAAAGAUCCUGUAAAAUGUCAUCGAUUUCGCAAAGAAGGUGCAAUACCAAGGGUUUAUCAUUUUAAAUAUUGUGUACAUACUCAAAACAAAAUGGAAACUGUCUGUAAGAAAGCAUUUACUUCUAUAUACGGCAUCACCGAAAACCGAGUUAGACGUCUUAGUACCUUACUGCAACAAUCCAUUACACCGCACGACAAACGAGGCCAACAUCAAAAGGUCAACACCACACCUCCUACUGUUUUAAAAGCUAUUCAUGACCACAUUCUUGAUUUUCCUCGAAAACGAACGCACUAUUCAGGCAAAGAAAUUGAAUAUUUAGAUGCCCGCCUAGAUGUCAAAACAAUGCAUGCUAUGAUCAGAAAAAAAUUUCCAGAAUUGAAAGUUACCUAUGCUUUUUAUGCAAACUAUUUUAAAACAACAUUUUCUCUACGUUUUGGACGACCCCAGAUAGAUACAUGUAUUGAAUGUGAAGAAUUAGAGGUAAAAAUAAAAAGCCCUACGUUAGGCUUUAACGCAAAGAAAGCAUUUGAAGCCGAAAAGGCAGUUCACAAUAGGCGGGCAAAAAAAUUUCAUAACAAAAUCGCCGCAGUAAAACAAAUUUGCACUAGUCAGGAUGACGUUGCAUGCUUGACCUUUGACUUCAUGCAAAAUUUACCUUUGCCGCAUCUACCCAUACAAGAAAUAUUUUAUCUGAGACAGCUAUGGGUUAAUUGUUUUGGGAUAAAAAAUUUGAAGACUAAUGAGACUGUGUUUUAUGUAUAUCAUGAAGGCAUAGCAAACAAAGGAGCAAACGAAGUUUGUUCAAUGCUUCUACAUUACAUGGACAACUUUUUAGGAGAAAAUAUUAAUGAAGUAAUACUCUUCUCAGAUAACUGUCCAGGCCAAAAUAAAAAUCAUACAGUCAUACGAUUUUUACUAUCAUUGACAGACACAGGCCGAUUUUCGAAAGUAACGCAUUAUUUCCCUAUAAGAGGACAUUCUUUUCUUCCCAACGAUCGAGACUUCGAAGUUGUGAAAAAAAAGAUUAAAAAGUGUGACCGUAUAUAUGUUCCUAAUGAGUACUAUAAGAUUAUGUCAGAAGCAAGCCCCAAUUUUAAAGUCUUUAUGUUGUCAACAGAACAAAUUUUAGAUUUUGCUAAAUGGUGGCCAAAAUUUUAUAAAAAAGUAUGUUUGUCAGAUGAGAGCUUUGGUAAGCACAUUCCAAAAGAACUGAAACAGUCAUUCUCACUAUCUUGUUACAUGGCAUUCCAGUAUGAUAAAAAUAGAAAAGGAGUAGUGGUUGUUCAUGAGUUUAUAGAUGGUUUACGUAGACAUACAUUUGACUUGACCAGAAACAAAGCAAGUGCCAUCUUACUACCCACAGAAAAUGCAUAUCCAGCCGGCAGUGUUCCCAUAAAUCCCAAAAAGAUAGAAAAUAUCAAACGAGUGAAAAAUAGUGUCAUCCAAGAACAUAUUCCAUUUUAUGAAGGAAUUUUCAACUGGCCAACUGGAGAGGAAAAUGACGGUCCAGAUGUCGAAAACGACGAAGAAUUUGAUUAUAUAUCAAAAGAGUUUAAUCCACAAAACAUCACAAAUGCUGAAGUUGAAUUAACUAAGGAUGAUCCAAUCCAAUCAGCCCAAAAGAUAAAAGGUGUCAGAUCUAAUUCAAGUAGUUCUUCUACAUCUAGUUCCUCGUCAAGUUCUUCGUCAAGCACUUCGUCAAGAUCUUCUUUCUCUGAUUCUUCUAAAUUUGUUGGCCCGAGUAGCAGUAAUCCACGAACUACAGUUAAUCCAAAUUAUAAUAUAUCGCCAGUUAAUACAGAUGAAAGUGAUGUAGAUAUAAGUGACUCUGAUCCAACCUUUCAAAUUAAUAAAAUUAAGGGGACGCAUAACUCUUUAUCAAGCAGUUCUUUGUCUUCUUCCGGUUCUCAGUCACGCGCUACUAAUGAUGCUAUGUUCAACAAUCGUAAUCCUAAUAAUGAAGAUGCUAUUGAUAAUACCAAAAAAUCUAGAAAACGUAAAAGAAACCCAUCUCAGUGGAAACAAAAUAAGAUGAGACGUCUAAGAAAUAGUGGACAAGCCUAUGUAUCCCUUUCUAAAUCAAAAAAACAGGUUCCAGCACGUAGUAUGAAGGAGGUGUGUAAUUGCAGAUUGAAAUGCUUCGAUAAAAUAAUGGACACUGAAAGGAUUACUUUGUUCAAUUAUUUUUGGAAUCUAACUGAUUUAGAAAUGCAGCGUGCCUAUAUCCGAUGUAGUAUGAGAGAAGUUAAACCGAAAUAUAAAUACACCAAUGCAGAAAAACCUAGGCUGCCUAAUAAUGCCUUUUAUUUUACAGUAAAUGGAAACCAUAUUCGUGUAUGCAAAAAAUAUUUUAUAAAUACUUUGGAUAUAUCGGAUAGACAAUUAAGAACAGUCAAGAAGAAAACAAAUAGUCAAGGCUUUGUAGAGCAAGACAGGCGAGGUAAACACGAUAAUAGGAAAAAAGUGAAACCAGAAUUAUUACAGGAUAUAAAAGAUUACAUCAAUUCCAUACCAAGAAUUGAAUCUCACUAUUUAAGAGCCACUACAAGUAAGGAAUAUAUAUCUGAAAGUAAGACUAUUACAGAUCUAUGGAAAGAUUUUAACCAGCAACAAAAAGAAAAAAGUAGACCUGAAUGUGAUUAUUGGUUGUUUAUUAAUACUUUUAACAAGGAUUUUAAUAUUAGUUUUUUUCAACCAAAAAAAGACAGAUGCGAAACUUGCCUGGCCUAUGAACUUGCUCCUGUGAAUAGUAAGAUGGAACUUAAAACAAGUUAUGAUAAUCAUCUAGUGGAGAAAGAAUUAUGUCGUCAAGAAAAACGGACAGAUCGAGAGAAUAUUGACAAAACUCAUAUUUGUGCUGUGUUUGAUUUACAAUCUGUAAUGUUAUGUCCUAGCCCUUCAUACUUUUACUACUCAUCUAAAAUUAACUGCCUCGACUUUACCAUAACAGAAUUAAAUAAAACACAAAGUGAAGUAAAUAGAGCUUAUGGCGAUGUUUUCUGCUAUUUUUGGGAUGAGACGCAGGGACAAAGAGGGGCCAAUGAGAUAGGUUCCUGCAUUUUGGAUUACUUGAAUAAUUUAAGCCUGAACCACCCGAAUGAAGAGUUAAACAUUACAUUUUACUCCGACAAUUGCACCGGGCAGAACAAAAACAAAACAAUAGCUGCUCUAUACUCAUAUGCAGUUGCCCACUUUGAAAACAUUCAAACCAUUACGCAUAAAUAUUUAAUUAAGGGGCAUACUCAAAAUGAGGCAGACAAUGUCCAUAGUUUGAUUGAGAAAGAAAUUAAGAAAAAUGAAAAAGCUGGACCUAUAUACAUACCCUAUCAGUACGUGACUCUAAUUAAAAAUGCUCGGAAAUCCGGUAAACCCUUCAUUGUCAAGGAACUCAAUUACGAUUUUUUUUUUUAAUCUUAAAAAGCUCCAAGAACUCUGGGGCUACAAUUUUAACGAAGACUGCGAAAAAAAGAUUAUAAGAUGGAACGACAUCAAAAAUUUGAAAUUUAUAAAGGAAGAAACAUUUAUAUUUUAUUACAAAACUUCUUACAAGCAAGCC